CUCUGAGCCUGUUAGUGGGUGAACGUAACUGAGACAAAGCCACGGAAGUGACUGAGCCUGGAGUGACCUGGUCUUCCUCCUCACCCUUAACCAGACACGCCCCUUGCCGCAGGUCUCAGAUCAAGUCUCACUCCCUCGGGAGAAAAUAGCUCCUCAGGCCUGGGUGAGAGGUUGGCUUGGGGAAGGAGGGACGUUGGUCGUCUUUGAAGAACUGCAGGCAGGGUGAGCCCCGGCAAGGUCCCCCGGGCCAGGAUGUCGGGCCUGGUGUUGGGGCAGCGGGAUGAACCUGCAGGGCACCGACUCAGCCAGGAAGAGAUCCUGGGGAGCACUCGGCUGGUGAGCCAAGGGCUGGAGGCCCUACACAUUGAACACCAAGCUGUGCUGCAAAGCCUGUCCCAUACCAUUGAGUGUCUGCAGCAGGGAGGCCAUGAAGAAGGGCUGGUGCAUGAGAAAGCCCGGCAGCUGCGCCGUUCCAUGGAAAACAUUGAGCUGGGGCUGAGUGAGGCCCAGGUGAUGCUGGCUCUGGCCAGCCACCUGAGCACAGUGGAGUCGGAGAAACAGAAGCUGCGGGCUCAGGUCCGGCGGCUGUGCCAGGAGAACCAGUGGCUCCGGGAUGAGCUUGCAGGUACCCAGCAGCGGCUACAGCUCAGCGAGCAGGCUGUGGCACAGCUGGAGGAGGAAAAGAAGCACCUGGAGUUCCUGGGGCAGCUGCGGCAGUACGAUGAGGAUGGGCACACCGCGGAGGAGAAGGAGGGCGAUGCCACCAAGGAUUCCCUGGAUGAUCUCUUCCCCAACGAGGAGGAAGAAGACGCCAGCAAUGGCUUAUCACGUGGCCAGGGCGCCCAGCACAGCGGAUAUGAGAUCCCAGCGAGGUUACGGACACUGCACAACUUGGUGAUCCAGUAUGCAGCCCAGGGUCGCUAUGAGGUGGCUGUGCCACUCUGCAAGCAGGCACUGGAGGACCUGGAGCGCACAUCUGGCCGCGGCCACCCUGAUGUCGCCACCAUGCUCAACAUCCUUGCUUUGGUGUAUAGGGACCAGAAUAAGUAUAAGGAAGCUGCCCACCUGCUGAAUGAUGCCCUCAGCAUCCGGGAGAGCACCCUGGGCCGGGACCACCCUGCUGUGGCUGCCACGCUGAACAAUCUGGCUGUGCUCUAUGGCAAAAGGGGCAAAUACAAGGAGGCGGAGCCACUGUGCCAGCGGGCACUGGAGAUCCGAGAAAAGGUCCUGGGCACUGAUCACCCAGAUGUGGCAAAGCAGCUGAACAACCUGGCCCUGUUGUGCCAAAAUCAGGGCAAAUAUGAGGCCGUGGAACGCUAUUACCGGCGGGCCUUGGCCAUCUAUGAGGGACAGCUGGGGCCGGACAACCCUAACGUAGCCCGGACCAAGAACAACCUGGCUUCCUGUUACCUGAAACAGAGCAAGUAUGCUGAGGCUGAGACGCUCUACAAAGAGAUCUUGACUCGUGCCCACGUGCAAGAGUUUGGGUCCGUGGAUGAUGACCACAAGCCUAUCUGGAUGCAUGCAGAAGAGCGGGAGGAAAUGAGCAAAAGCCAGCAACGAGAGGGUGGCACACCCUACGCUGAGUAUGGAGGCUGGUACAAGGCCUGCAAAGUGAGCAGCCCCACAGUGAACACUACUCUGAGGAACUUAGGAGCUCUGUACAGGCGCCAGGGAAAGCUGGAGGCAGCUGAGACCCUGGAGGAAUGUGCCCUGCGUUCCCGGAAACAGGGCACUAACCCUAUCAGCCAGACCAAGGUGGCCGAGCUGCUUGGGGAGGGUGACAGUGGAAGGACCUCCCAGGAAGGUCCUGGGAGCAGCGUGAAAUUUGAAGGAGGUGAAGAGGCCUCUGUGGCAGUGGAGUGGUCAGGGGAUGGCAGUGGGGCCCUGCAGAGGAGUAGCUCUCUGGGGAAGAUCCGGGAUGUGCUUCGUAGAAGCAGUGAACUCCUGGUGAGAAAGCUCCAGGGAACCGAGCCUCGGUCCUCCAGCAGCAACAUGAAGCGGGCAGCCUCCUUAAACUAUCUGAACCAACCCAAUGCAGCACCCCUCCAGGUCUCCCGGGGCCUCAGUGCCAGUACUAUGGACCUCUCUUCAAGCAGCUGACAUUCAAACGGCCCCCCAAGUGUGCUGGGUCCCCCCACAGUCCUCACAGCAUUCCCUAUUGCUCCUGGCUCUUCCAGCCCCAAGGCGGGACAGUGAAGGGGGAGCAGUUAACCAGAAGAUUGCUGCUGCCCUUAGGGUCUCAGCUCCCUCCUCAGGAAUUCCUCCUCCAGAAGGCCUCAGGACAGCUUCUCCCCACCCUGUGGUCCUCUAGAGUAGUAGUUCUGAGGCCCCCAAGGUGGGUAGGGAGCAGGCAUGCACCUCAGAGAUGCAGCCUGCUACUGGCUUUUCUGUCAGAGGGUUUGGGGCUGGCCAAAUAAGCUGCCUUGCCCUAGCCUCUCUUGUUCCCUCUGCUGCCUCACUUCAGGUCCACAUAUUUCACUUUCUUAAAUAAAAGAAUCAGGUAACCAUUCUGCCA